UAAUAUAACAUCUAAUCUGUGUCAGCGUUGUAAUGAGAAACAAAAAAUUUGAAAUCGUGUUUUUCCGCGGAUUUUGUAAAAUAAAUGGGUUUUUUUAAUUGAAGAUAUUAUAAAUCUAAUGAAGGUUUUUUAGGAGCUCUCUAAUUGCAGCAAUUAUGAAUAGUUAUGAUUAACACCAAUCUCCAAGUCAAUAACAGUUAUUCGGCAGCGUGCAUACAAAAAAGCUAAAUAGCACAAAUCCGGUUCGGCAUUUGUCUGGCUCCAGUGAUUUAAAAGAAAGGUAAAAGAAGAGAGAAGAAAUGAAAAAAAUUGGCGAGAAUACGAGUAGCUCUAAGUCAUCAGAAGAAAGGAAGGGACUGCAAAAUGAUCAUUUUCUAACUGUUCUCCUCAUUACCCUUGUGAUACCGUUAUCAAUGUCAAUGUGGAUAAUUAAUUUAGUUUAUUCGAAAUUGAUAUUAAAUACUGAAGGUUUUGAUGAACCGGUAGUGAUUGCACCAACUAGAUGGUUGACUUCGUGUGUCUUACCUAUCACAGUAGCAUUAUAUGGAUACAGAAAAAAGAGUCUUAACAUUAGUGGAGCACUACUUGGAUUAAUUGUUGCUUUUGUUCUUACUCUUUCUAAUUACUGCUUUCUAAUAGACUUGCUAGUUUUCUUCCUAUCUUCUUCAAAAGCUACAAGGUUUAAACCCCAUCUAAAAAAGAAGAUUGAAGAGGAUUUUAAAGAAGGUGGUCAAAGAAAUUGGAUUCAAGUACUAUGCAAUGGAGGCAUGGCUACUCAGCUAGGACUUUUAUAUUUGUUAGAUGUUGGUGCUUCAGAGAGGCCGAUAAACUUUUUGAAGGAUUAUAGAGCAUCCUGGUUGAGUAUUGGUAUUCUAGGUGUGUUUGCAUGUUGUAACGGUGACACAUGGGCUUCUGAACUAGGCACAGUCUUAAGUAAAUCUGACCCAUACUUAAUAACAACAGGGAAAAGAGUGCCUAAAGGAACAAAUGGAGGGAUCAGUGCUAUUGGUACCUUAGUCAGCACUUUGGGAGGACUUGUUAUCGGGCUUGCUCAUUACUUAACAAUUUUAUAUUUUGCUGACAGAAUGUUACUUAAUUAUGCACCUCCACAAUGGCCUUUAAUUAUAUAUGGAGCAUUGGCAGGUCUUUUUGGUAGUCUAAUAGAUUCAUUGUUAGGUGCGACUUUGCAAUAUUCAGGUUUGGAUAAAGAUGGAAAGAUAGUAUCUCAUUCCAGCUUAAGUGUAAAGCAUAUAAGUGGAAGAAACAUUCUGGAUAACCAUAGUGUUAAUCUGUUAUCAACAAUUAUUAUGGGACUACUCAUGCCAACAAUUGUAAAGAAUUUAUAAUAGUUGUUUUAUAUGUUUUAAUUUAUUCGAAUAUAUUUUAUCAAGAAAGGUUUAUAUGUUAAUAUGAAUUAACACUAAGUUUUAAAUUAUUUUGAAUGUUAAAUUGUAAUUUUUAAUAAAUUACUAAGGGAAUU